CUCAUGCCCUUCUCGCCACUUCCAACACCCAUGGCGUAUCUGCCGGCAGGGUGCAUGCGGCUUCUUCUGGUGGUCCUUGCAUAUGGUGUACAUUCCGCAUUGUCAAGUCGCUUGCCCGUGUACGACUUCCGUACGUCGUCGUUGACGCCAGACCCAUUCGCCUACAACGAAACCCACGCAAUAUACGUGGGUCGGAUUGUGUCUGUCGCGUACUGCACCAAGCAGCACGUGCAGAAUUGGACAUGUCCUCCGUGUGAAUACGUCUCCAAGCUACCGGAUUUGAUCGUCAUUAACGACGCCAAGGAAAACUUCCAGGGAAUCCUUGGCUACACGGGCACCCACAUCGUCGUGGCGUUUCGUGGUAGCAUGGACCUGCGCAACUGGAUCGACAACCUGUCGUUCGUCAAGACACAUCCGUGGCCAUCCUUGCCCAAGGUGGCAAUCCACCUGGGCUUUUACUGGGUCUACCAAAGCAUCCACGACCAGCUACUCUUGGCCCUCGCGAGUCUCUUUGCGUUGCAUCCGAGCGCCCCACUGCUCGUUACCGGCCACUCCCUAGGCGCUGCAGUCGCGGCUAUCGCCGUCCUCGAUCUACACGCAAGUCACAACAUCACGGCGUCGGAAAUGCUCACGUUUGGCGAGCCUCGCGUGGGGAAUGCAGCGUUUGUGAUGAGGUUACUGCAAGUGGUGCCCCACGUCCACCGUGUCACACAUUGGCGGGAUAUUGUGCCGCACAUUCCGUUAGAAUGGCAAGGAUUCGUGCACGAGUCUCAGGAAAUUUGGUACACGGAGGACUCGACGGCGUUCAAGUUGUGUGACCCAAACAACGGCGAAGACCCGCUGUGCAGCAAACAAGUGCCCACGAUCAGCAGUUUUGCCGACCAUGUGGUGUACUUGAACAUUACGAUGAGCCACCUCAUCUGUUAGACGACGCAUAUGCACAUAUAUGUCCUUCGAUCUUACAAUAUCUUAACAUAUAUGAAUAAAAACAAAUAUAUAAACUCA